AGAAAACAAAGAUGAAGGCUCUUAUUAGCGGCGAUGGAGUAGACGAGAUAAGAUUAGGGAGGUCGAGCUGAGAAGUUACCUGCUUUAACACUAUAUCUGGGCGUUUUUAAGCAAUAAAAAGCAAUUUUUUCCGCUGUAUGCCAGGGGAACUGCAGAUGGAUGUCUGUGCCUUAGUUAGGUGUCCCCGAAUUGUUUAUGUUAGCCGCUAACGCUAACUGUAGAAGUUGCGAGCUAGCUGGCCUAGCAAGUAAGAGAACGAUAACAAGUGACUUAUGUUUGAUUUGGCUUGCCCAGCGGACCGCGGUGAGUAAACUGCGCUCCGUCCAGCUCAUGGAGACAACAAACCUCAAUGGGAGUAGUUCGAGAACUGCGGCUUUAGCUGAGCUUUCGGAGUACCUAUCCCUGUAGGUUACUUUAGCUUACCGAAUAGCCGCCGUUACUAUUCCACGGAAGAAUGAGUAGAAAACACCGUCACUUAAAGGGAGCCGAGGUCAGCUGCUGCGUUAAAUACUUCUUAUUUGGAUUUAACAUUAUAUUCUGGUUGCUAGGAGCAGCAUUCCUGGGUAUAGGCCUGUGGGCAUGGGCGGAGAAGGGCGUGCUGUCAAAUCUGUCGUUGAUCACCGACCUCGGGGGCUUUGACCCCGUGUGGCUCUUCAUAGUGGUGGGAGGGGUCAUGUUCAUCCUGGGCUUUGCCGGCUGCAUCGGAGCGCUCCGAGAGAACACACUCCUGCUUAAAUUUUUUUCCGUUUUCCUCGGCUUGAUCUUCUUCCUGGAGCUGACUGCGGGGAUCCUCGCCUUUGUCUUCAAGGACUGGAUCAAAGACCAGUUAAACUUUUUCAUCAAUAAUAACAUCAAGGCUUAUCGCGAUGACAUCGACUUGCAGAAUCUAAUUGACUUUACCCAGGAAUAUUGGAUGUGCUGUGGAGCUCAUGGGCCUGACGACUGGAACCAGAACAUCUACUUCAACUGCACUCACAGGAAUCCUAGCAGAGAACGCUGUGGAGUCCCUUUCUCCUGUUGUAUCAAAAAGCCUGCCGGGGACAUCAUCAAUACACAGUGUGGUUAUGACAUUCGGCAUCAAGGGGCUGAAAAAGACCGGCAGAAAGAGAUCUUCACCAAGGGCUGUGUGGGACAGUUUGAGAAGUGGCUUCAGGACAACCUGAUUGUUGUCGCUGGGAUCUUUGUUGGCACUGCACUUUUACAGAUUUUUGGCAUCUGCCUCGCUCAAAACCUGGUAAGUGAUGUCAAAGCUGUUAAAGCCAACUGGUGACAUGAGCCUCGCACCACAUGCCCCCAACCAGGUCAUCGCAGCGCACUUGGUACCGUCCAGAUGUGGACGGAGAGCCAACAUCCUUGCAUACCUACAGACAAAAACAAAACGUUUCUUCUCCUGUUCAUCAGUGACACUUGAUAUGAGGAAAGAAAAUAUUCAAUGCAAACCAAACGUCACGGAUUUGAACCCAAAUGUCCAAAAAGAAGACGGAGUUGCCUACUUGAGAGAUGAUUUUUAUUAUUACAAUUUUUUUUUAUUAUUAUUAUUAUUGUCUGAUUUUGUUCCUUGGACAAAUGUAUUUAUGCCACACAGUUGCACAAAGACCGUCUGUCAGCUGGGGAGCCAUGGCUGGAAGUAAGGUGACAAAAUCAAUAAACUGAGGAAAGCCGACAGGUCCUUUUACAGGUCAAGCAUCAAAGACUGUUUUUAUUUUUUUUAUGCAUUCAUCUCCACAUUGCUUUAGAAAAUGGCGAUCAAACUUCUGGCCAGACUGUGUACUCAUGCGGGACGGGGAUGCCAUGUGGAUGCCAUUUCCUCUCUUCUCUGUGCAACUUUUAAGUGGUAUUAAUACAGUUAUAUUCUAUUUUCAAAUGUAAAAAAAAAAAAGUGCCAUUAUGUUCCUAUUUUUGUUUCCUAUAGUAAAUUUCUCCUGUCUGCUCCCUAAUACCUCAGGACCUGGCUGAAGAUUUGUUCUUUCCGCUGAAGAUAGAUGCAGUAAAACAGGGAUAGUUCUUUGGAAGACACCCUGUUUGCCCCAUAGCGAUUGUAUCAUUAGGCGAUUCUGUGAUGAAUGUUUAUUUUAUUACACAGUUGCUCGGUGUGGUCAGUGCCAUAUAAGGAAAGGGGUUUAAUACGGAUAUCUGUUGGUUAUAUCUGAGCAUGCCUUUGGGACGUGGGAUUGCUGGUUUGGGGCCUUUUGUUCUCGACUUAUUUGACCACUUUUGUCUUAUAAUCUGUCCUUUGCAUUAAUAUCAGUUGUUUAAAGACAUUAUUUGUUCAUGCUUUCUUUUGUGUCCACUUCCAGAUAGAUGCGUAUAUUUCUAAGUUUGAUUUUUUUCCUUUUUCUUUUUUUUUGAGGCACCGACUGCAAAACCACUUCUUUCUGUCUGUUGGUGUUACCGAUCGUAACAGAGACCAAAUAAUUUCAGCUGUCCACGAGAGAUUUCCUCUGGAAUGCAAAUACCAUUUUAGAUAGAAUGUGAAUUUAUUGUCUCUUUCUGUUGAAAGUGCCAGUUGAACUGAGAGAUCAGAGAAAGAUUAAACAUUGAAAUUUGCUUUUAUCUUUAACUGAAUUGUUGCGUCUUUUUGUCUGAAUUGAAUUUAAUGUAGAAUAGUUAAUACAUGCUGUUCUCACUUUAACACGAAUGCUGCUUUAACUUUUACUAGCUCAGUCGUGCAGUAAGCCAGAGAGAGAGAGAGAGAGAGAGAUCCCACGCAGUGAAUUUGGAAAGCAUUUCUAGAUGCUUCCUCUGUUUCUUGUUUGUGAGAAGAUGAUUGGCUCUUACGACUUUGCUUUGCAUAUUUUGCCAUCCAGCUUCGGUUCUAACCAGGUCAGCGUAUGAUCGUGUCCUUCCUUCACAGUGUUUUAACUAUUGUCUGGUUGUAACGGUGUCAUUCCGAUGCGUGACAAACAGGAUCUAAGAGGGCUGGAUACAUACACACUUUGCAUUUUGAAUGCUAUGCACGCACGCCUGAAAGAUGAGAGGCAUUCACAUUCUGUGAACACAACCCCAAAACUUCCCCGCUCCACUGAGUCCGCCUGUGGAAUAAAUAUCUUAGCACCUUCUGAUUGUCUGCUGCGUGUACCUGUCACAUGUUGCUUUCGCCCACAUGCUACCUUACUUCAAAACGCCACCCGAUCAGAGCACGUCGGUUUCGCAGCCUGCCGCGCUGAUGUAUUUUUAAACAGCGGAGAGAAAACUGGAAGGACGAGAACAAAACAUUAUUAUUUUUUAUUUGUUUGUUUUUUUUUAAUCGGAUGUCACAAAUCCUCGACUGGGACGUCGACGCACCUUAACGGCUUCCCUCGGCUCAAACCGCCGUUGUCUUUGGUCUAAUCAGUGAUAAAUUGUUCUGUGAGGAAGCAUCAGUCAAUACAUUCAAAGUGCAUAUUUUUACACAUUGCCUUAUUUGUCAUUCUUAAAACGCAUAUCUGAUCAUUUUUGCAAAUGUUAUUUUUAAGUUGUGUUCAGGGUCGUUGCUCAGGACAGAUGAAUUUGUUUCUACAUCGAGAAGUAUGGAAAAAGGCUAAAAGCAGAAAAGGAAAAAAAAAAACAAAAGGCGAAGUAAAGUCUGCAGUUGAAACCUGAAUCUAUAAAGUCAACGUUCAUAUGGAGGUUUUAUCCAGUCAGAGGAGUAGCAAGGAGAUCCAACACUCCGUCACUCAGAGAAGCCAUAAUUGACAUAAUUCAUAUAUGGAGGUGCAUAUUCUAUUUAGAAGAGUUGCUCUUUAAGGGAAAUGUCUCAAAGUUAUCUUUCUCUUCUUCAAAAGGCCAAACUUGGGGAGUUGUUUCACGCUUUUAAUAUUUUUUAUAACAUUUCUGGAGUGCAUUUGGCCUUUAAAUGUUGAAGCACCAUCUGGAAGUAGUCUGUCCUGCUCUAGAUCUGAGUAGCAGGCGUGUUCUUUCUCCUUUUCUAUUACACAAUCUUGACUAAUUUCCCUUCACACAGGUUGAGGCAUCUGAUGCGUUAUUCAGCGCAAAGAGGAGCUCAUCUUUUCCCUCUUAAAUCAUCCUUGAAAGCACUCGGUGGCUCACACUUCUCCCACUUGUAGGAGAACUUGGUGUAGAUGUUAACUUUGUCGUGUCAGGUCUGCUGCACUUCCAGCUCUCUUGAGCCGUCCGUUUUCUGGAUGGAUGUGCCGAUCACCCACCUCCUCGGUAGUCAGGAUAUUAAUUUGCCGCAGCAGUCUCCGGUACAACGGAUGCAGAGGGGACUUGGUGGCGUAUGUUUGUUUUUAGGAGCUCUGGGUUGUUCUGCUUUUGUAUUCCUCUAAUGUAGCGGAAAGCAUGAGAGGAGAGAGCACUGCUAAUUAUCCUCUGUCCUUUAUCGUUAUGGCCUUGCUUCGUGAAACACCUUCCUAAUUUCUCCUGCCAUGCCUCUGGGUAAUUAAAUCAUUCCCACGGGGAAACGUAGGCAUACCAUGAAUGUACGUUUUUAUCAGCAUGAGCCUCCUGCUUCAUAGCCAGUUUCAAAUCUCCCUCCUGCACUGACAAACACAAAUGAAGUUUAGGAAUGCAAAUAAAGACUUGUGUUGAGUGAAGAUUUAGCUGUUGCUCUUUUCUGCUACUUUUUCUUCCUGUUUUUUAUUUUUUAUUUUAACCUAUUAGAUCAGCAGGUAGAACAAUUUGCAAUGCUUUAAGCUUCUUCAGCAAGUAACCAGUUCCAAAUAUUGUCCUCAUCCCGCCCUCUGAACCCUUGCUUCGGCUUCAGUGGCGGUCGAUGAGGUGCGUGUUGCUUGAUUUACAGAGGUGAGCCACACAUCACACCUUGACGAGUCUUACCUCAUCACGCGCGCAGCGCUGCCCACAUCUGAAGCACAGAGAAACGGCUCAGCGGAUUAGUCGCCGAGCAUAUUAACAGCAGUGCCACGGUUAUUAGCGUUGACAUUUCCACACCGCGACGUGACAUUUGAUGCGGAAACGAGCAUAAACAGGAAUUAUUAAAUUGUCUGGGUUUACAGAUCCGCUAGAGAGUAUGGAAGUGUCACUUAGCCACUCUGAAACCACUGCAAAUUUCUUCUUUUACAGUAGGGCAGCAAAAAGAUAUUCUUUCAGUGUAUUCAUAAGUUUGUUUUUGUUUUUUUGUUGUUGUUUUUUUUAACUGUCUUGCUUGUAGCAGAUUACUAUGUAUGUAUCGGUUUGGUCCUUGUCUUCUGUACAUGCCUGUUCUGAGGUGUAGCCUUGUAAAGAAAUGUAAAUAAAAGUUUUGGUCUAUUACACUGUAUUUUCUGUUACAACGCUUCUUUCAUAUAUUAAAGGAUUUAUAAGACCA